CCGAGCUUGUGCUUGUCAACUGCACGUCGUGAUCCUCCCGCCGAAGAAUUACUUUGGGCUGGACGUAUUACUCUCAUUGCGUUAUCGCCAAGACGCUCGCUCCCCUUCCGACACGCAAGGUUCUUGCACUGCUGACCGCCGACUGCCAACCGCCGACUGCCAAACUCACCGCACUUGAUUCCAAGUCAAACGAGGCCCUUGGUCAAGAUGUGCCACGACCCUCCGAAAUUCUGCCCGAGGUAGCUAGAACUUGAGAUAACAGGCAUUGGAAUCCCCCAACAACGAUGGGCCAGGGCUUUUCCCUUGCCGCCCCCCGCGCUGGGGGCGCCGGCAUCGAUGUUCCAGAGCUCGGCGACUUGGUCUACGAACGGUCCGUCGGUACCGGAGGCUUCAUGAAGAGUGUUCGAGCGCGGCAUCACGAUGGUGUUGUGCUGGCCAAGGUCCUCAUCAAGCCAUACCCCAUGUCCCUGGACAAAUACAAGCAGGAGAUUAUUCGCGAGCGACGAGUUCUAGCCGACGUGCCGAAUGCCCUACCGUACCAACGAGCCAUCGAGACCGAAACGAAUGGAUAUCUUGUCCGCCAAUUCCUCUACAACUCGCUCUACGACCGCCUCAGCACCAGGCCGUUUCUGGAAGACAUCGAGAAGAAGUGGCUGGCGUUCCAGCUUCUGUGUGCCCUCCGCGAUUGCCACAGCAAGGGCGUCUAUCACGGCGACAUCAAGACCGAAAACAUACUUGUGACGUCGUGGAACUGGCUCUACCUCUCUGACUUCUCAUCGUCCUUCAAGCGCGUCAUGUUGCCCGAGGAUAACCCCGGCGAUUUCUCGUAUUUCUUCGACACGUCUGGCAAGAGGACCUGCUACCUUGCACCAGAGAGGUUCCUGCCGCCCGGCGAAGAAGCCGACCCGAACGCCAAGGUGACCUGGGCCAUGGACGUCUUCAGCGCCGGCUGUGUCAUUGCCGAGCUGUUUCUCGAGACGCGCAUAUUCAGCUUGAGCCAGCUCUAUUCGUAUCGGAAGGGUGAGUACGAUCCGAGCAUCUCGCAUCUGAGCAAGAUCCCGGACAGGGACCUGCGAGAGAUGGUUGUCCACAUGAUUCAGCUGGAUCCCCAGAAGCGAUACUCUGCCGAGCAGUACCUGGACUUUUGGAAGGGCAAGGUGUUCCCAAACUAUUUUUACACCUUCCUGCAUCAGUAUAUGGAGGUCAUCACCGACCUCUCGUCUGGUCAAUACGUCUCAGGAGAACCAGCAGGGAAUAUCAGCAAAGCAGACAAGCGCAUCGAGCGGGUAUGGCUGGACUUUGACAAGAUUUCGUAUUUUCUGGGCUACCAGAACGGCGAGAAGCCGGCGGAGGAGUCCCAGCUUUCCCCGAGACUCGGCCUGGGGAAUUUCCCUGUGAGGCUCAAUAUUCCGAACAACGAGCAUUACGUCUCGGCGGAAAAGCAAGGUUCUGCCGACGACGGCACACUCAUCUUCCUGACCUUGGUUGUCUCAAGCCUCCGAAACACGGCACACGCCGCCGCGAGGAUCAAGGCCUGCGACAUCCUGCUCGCCUUUGCAGAGCGCCUGACGGACGAAGCAAAGCUGGACCGCGUCCUUCCAUACCUAGUUAUCUUGCUUAAGGACAAGUGCGACAUGGUUGUGGUCUCGGCGACCCGGGCUAUUACACAACUCCUCGACUUGGUCAAGGUCAUCACCCCUGUGAACUCGCAGAUCUUCUUAGACUACAUCAUGCCUCGGAUGGAACCUCUGCUGCUGGACACCCAGCGGACGUUGAGCCCGAUCGUCCGGGCGACAUACGCAUCUUGCCUCGGGAAGCUGGCAAUCACAGCGGAUCGCUUCCUCGCCAUGGCUGCGACGCUGCGGGCGGAUGGAUCCGCCGCUCUGGCUGAUCCUGAAGUUGAGCCCGGCAAUGAGGCCGGGGCGGCCUUUGCGGGGCUGUUCGACAACGCUCGACGGGAGCUCGCCGAGAUAUUCGAGGCCCACACCAAGACUCUCAUUGAGGACCCGGAGCCCUUUGUUCGAAGGGCAUUUCUCACUUCGGUCCCCGACUUGUGCAUCUUCUUCGGUGCUGCCCAGGCCAACGACAUUAUCCUCACACAUCUCAAUACUUAUCUGAAUGACCGCGAUUGGAUGCUGAAAUGCGCUUUCUUUGACACCAUCGUUGGUAUCGCGGCGUUUCUGGGGAGCAAUACUCUGGAGAAGUUCAUUCUGCCCCUCAUGGUCCAAGCUAUCACGGAUUCGGAAGAGCACGUGGUUCAGGGAGCGCUCCAUUCGCUCGCGGAGCUGGCAAAUCUGGGACUCUUGACGAAGCAGACAUAUCUCGAGCUGGUGGUGAUUGUUGGGCGGUUCACAAUGCACCCCAACAUCUGGAUCCGUGAGUCGGCUGUCGAGUUCAUCUCGGCUGGCUCGCGCUUCCUGAGCCCAGCAUACCUCAGGGUCCAGGUGAUCCCCAAGCUGACGCCAUACCUCAAGCCGCACAGGCUACCCCCUUUCACCGAACUUGGUUUGCUUGAGGCGCUUCAAAAGCCGCUAUCGCGGUCGGUGUUUGACCAAGCACUGUUGUGGGCGUCCAAGACUGAGAGGGCAGCUUUCUGGAAACCAUUUAAGAAGCUUAGGGAUGCCGUAUCGGGGCCCAUCUCCUCCAAGGCAGACUUCAACCCUCAGGCCUUGGCCAAGGCAACAAAAAAUGAGGAGGACGAGCAGUGGCUGAACAAGCUGCGGAAUCUGGGACUUGCUGAGGAAGAUGAGCCGAAGCUGCUCGCUCUUAGGGAGUUUAUUUGGCGGCUGAGCCAGAUCAAGGCGAGGGACUCGGCCGCGCAGGGUACAGUGAGCACGGCAGCGCUCAACAACAUCAUCUCGAUUCGUAGCCUGGGUGUCAUGCCGCAGACUGUCCUGUUCGACGAGGAGCCACUAGUCCCGCCAGUGAUCGCCUUCGACCGGGAUGCAAGCGCCCCGCGGACAAUCAAGGACGCGCUUCUUGACGCGUCCAUGUCGAUCGAUGACCCUGUCGGGAAGAAGCGGCGAGCGGCGUUGAAUAACCACCGCGCUCGGCUCGGUAGCAGGAAUAGUAUGUCGCCGAUGUCCGUGGACAGCAGGCGACCGCUGGAGGAUGACCUAGUCGUUUCUCAGACGACCAGGAAUGGGACAGGGCCAUCCAGCGGUCGAACCUCUGUUGCUCAGGGCAAGCCUACCGCGCUCUCGCCUUUAGAUGACGAUGGGUCCGUUAAGGACGCUCCUUACGCGACAAGGAGAGGGCUGCGGCACCAGUCCAGCGCUAUCAAUCUUCUCAACCGCAAGGACAGUGGCAAGUCUGGCCCCGAGACCGGUACAACCGAGGCCAACGCCUUUGGCGAGGUCGAAGGACCGUUCAGGCAGGUUCCGACACGAAUCACAUCGCAGGCCGAGAGGGACUCGGCGCUGGAAUACGCGGCAAUACGGCUGCAGGCCAACCACACUUACACGGGCAACGACCCCAACAUCCUCAAGAUGCUUGAUGAGAUGUAUGUCGACAACUACCCACAUGACCUUUACGACUAUGGUCCUUUUGUCACGCCGAUUAGGCGUCAGAAAAAUAAUGCUUCGACGGCGUCUCAGUCGGCGGUUGACGACGUUUGGAAGCCGUCGGGCAAGCUGGUGGCGACGUUCUCGGAGCACGUCGGGGCGAUCAACAGGGUCGUGGUUUCUCCCGAUCAUCAGUUCUUCCUCACGGGCGGCGACGACGGAUGUGUCAAGGUCUGGGACACGGCACGGCUGGAGCGUAACGUCACUCACCGGUCGAGAUUGACCCACAGGCACGCCGCGGGGGCCAGGGUGCUGGCUCUGUGUUUCAUCGAGAACACACACACAUUUGUCAGCUGCGCCAGCGACGGCCUCGUCCAUAUCGUUAAGGCCGAUACGGUCCUCAGCGGCAUCAACUUCCGGUACCCGCGACUGCGCCUCCUGCGUGAGUACAAGCUGAUGGACGGCGAGUUCGCCGUCUGGUGCGAGCACUUCAAGCAGGACGCCAACUCGGUCCUGGUCCUGGCCACCAACAAGUCGGUCGUCCGCGGCAUCGACCUGCGCACCAUGACGCUCCUCUACAAGCUCGAGAACCCCGUGCACCACGGCACGCCGACCUGCUUCUGCAUUGACCGCAAGCGCAACUGGCUCUGCCUGGGCACGUCGCAUGGAGUGCUCGACCUGUGGGACCUCCGCUUCAAGAUGCGCCUCAAGGGCUGGGGGUUACCCGGAAAGGGCUCCAUCUACCGCCUGUGCAUCCAUCCGUCCAAGGGCAGGGGCAAGUGGGUCUGCGUCGCCGGCGGCACGGGACAGGGAGAGGUGACGGUCUGGGACCUGGAGCGCACCAUGUGCCGCGAGAUCUACCGCGUCGGCGGCGGCAGCAGCAACAAGGAAGGCCCCAGGGGGUACGAAGCGUGGGAGGUGGACGAGGACAGGCCCGAGGGCAUGCUAGGCCGGUUCGCGACGCAGAUUGAGCCGUCGGCGACGGGCAACGCCGACCGCGGCGUGCGCGCCAUGGUGGUCGGCACGGGUGUGGCUGAUGAGCAGCGCGGCGAGGUCAGGCACGCGUUCAUUGUCACGGGGGGCUCGGAUAAGAGGCUCCGCUUCUGGGACCUGGCGCGCAUCGAGAAUAGCCUGGUGUACAGCGGCCUGAUGCCGGACGAGGUCCGCCCCACCUACACGGCCAGCCAUCCCACGCCGUCGCUUACGCUGAACACGGAGCGGUGGCAGAAGAUGACUGCGGGGCCGGUGGGGUUGGCGGUGAAUGGCGGGACGGGGAGGAGUGGCAGGGGCAGGUCGUCGACGGCGCCGGGUAGUGCUAGGCCACCCAAGUCGACGGUUAUUUCGUUGCAGCAGCAGCAGUUGCUGAGGAGGCAUUUAGAUGCAGUCGUGGAUGUGGCGUUGCUGGAGUCGCCUUAUGGGAUGAGUGUCUCGGUGGAUAGGAGUGGGGUUGUCUUUGUUUUUCAGUGAGUGAGGGUAUGUAUGUGUCUGUGCUUGGAAGAGUCAUGGGGCUUCAAGGGAGAACAGUCGACCUUUGGGUCAUUUAGGAGGUGGAUAUGGCGUGACGGGACAUGGGUAGGGUUAUUGAAGAUGAAGGGACCUUGUUUUUUUGGGAAUUUUGAUCCUUGGUGCGAGAUCAGAAAGCUUUAUGAAUGUCUGGCCCCCUACUCCGUAACAUGUAUUCAUGAUUGAGGAGGAGUGGGAGUAAGGGUUCAGUUGAGCAAGGCAUAAAUAAGGGUUAGGGUCACUUCUCUGUGAAGUGCCAAGCAGACCCGCC